AUGAGCGGCAUUUUUAACCAGCUUCGACAAGACAUCACAGCUGGUGAUGUGCUCUUGCCUGGCGAUGCAGGUUACCAAGAAAGUUUGAAGCGAUGGAGUGACAGCUGUGAGAAGCCGGCGGCAGUAGUAAUAAGGGCGACGAGCCCCGAAGAGGUGUCCACUGCGAUUCGGUUUGCGACAUCCCACAACGUCCCAUUGACGGCUCGCGGCGGCGGGCAUUCGACCAGCGGGGCUUCAUCCUCCGAUGGCGGGAUGGUAAUAGACCUGACGCGGAUGCGGAAUGUCAGCGUGGACCCGGCCGGUCGAACAGUAACGUACGAGGGUGGGUGCUUAUUUGGGGACGUCGACUCGGCGCUAGCUGCCCACGGGCUGGCCACUGUUGGCGGAAUCUACAACCAAACAGGUGUGGGCGGACUGGUUCUUGGAGGUGGCCAUGGUUUCUUGACUGCGCGUCACGGUCUGGCUAUCGAUAAUCUUGUCUCAGUCGAGAUGGUUCUAGCGGACGGGUCCAUUGCCGAGGUGUCAGAGACCGAGAAGCCUGAUCUGUUUUGGGCGGUGCGAGGCGCAGGAGCCCAGUUUGGUAUUGUUACACGAUUCACGUCGCGGGCACACCCGCAAGGCGAUGUUUGGGGGGGUGCCCUGUUGUUCACGUUGGACAAGGUGCCAGAGCUAGUAGCUUUUGCAAACGAGUUUCACAACCGCUGCGCGACUGACCACAACUACAUGAUCGCCUUCGGAUGUGCGCCACCGGAGUACAUAACACCGGCGGCCAUGACAGGCGUCUUUUACAACGGUCCUGCGGCAGAGGCAGAGAAAUUCUUCGCACCCUUGCUGGCGCUCGGUCCUAUUGCCAAUUUAACCGGGAUGAUGCCCUAUCCAACGGCGAAUACACUCUUCAACCCAAGGUUCGAAGGACCGGGACGCAAGCUGAUGGGCAGCUGUACCGUAUUGAUGCCACUCGAUGCCAAUAGUAUUGGAGAGGCCGGGCGACGGUUCCUGGACUUCACCACCUCUCACAGCGAUAUGACAAAAUCAGUCCUGGCCUUCGAGUUCUUCCCCACGACGGCCAUUCAGGCCACUCCGCAUGACGCAACCGCAUUCGCUAACCGCGGCAAGCACUACAUAGCCGUGAUGGCGCUCAUGUACGAUAACGCAUCUCAUGAUGCUAAAGUUCGUGCCUUUAAGCGCGAGUUGUUUAAUUAUAUUACCACCACUUGCGGCUACCACGGCAAACGGGCCCCGGGUGAUCCCGCCCCGUUUUAUGUUAACCUGGAGCAUGAGUCCUUGACACCCGAAGAUGCUUUCGGCGACCAUGUCAAACGGCUGCGCGAGCUUAAGCGCAGGUACGACCCAGAGAAUGUCUUCUAUAAAUGGAAUUGUGUAAUAGUGGAACCUGGAACCUCCACCAGCGGCCAGGCAUGAUGUUAUUCAUACAUUAAGGGACUGAUGCAAAUUGAUUGGAAGGAGCUAUAAGGCUAUAGCUAGUCCAAGGAAAAGAUGCAAAGUAAUAGGGAGGAGUUUUCCUGUUACGCAUUGCAAAUGCUUAUUAUAUCAGGGAAGUGAUAAUUGAAUAAUAA